GACCGUACCUGCCAUUUACCCCUCUUUCGUCCUCCAUCCAAAGUCUCCCACCUCCUAGCACCCAAUUUGAGCAUAUCCCUCCCUCUCUUUCAACCAUGGACAAGCUCUCUGGACUCGCUUCCAAGUUCGGCGGUGGUGGCAGCAGCAGCAACAACUCUGCCCAACCCAACCAGGCUGCUGGUAACGAGGACUAUCUGGACAAGGCUCUGGACAGCGUCGAGCGCAAGUUUGGCGGUGGCAAGGUCGAUCCCAACAACAUGCGCUCCACCAACGAGAAGAUCACCGACGGCGCCCGCGACCAGUUCGAGAAGCUCACCGGAAAGAAGGUUCCCGAGAAGUUCUCUAACUAGAGAAUUCCCGGACGAAUAACGCCAAUGGCUCUCGAAUAUGUUGUCAUCUUUGUAUGCCUUCCACACUUGUGACAUGGGCAUCUAAUACCCAUGGGUAGAUAAUGAAUUGAAUACCCCUUUUUAUUAUUCCUCAACA